AUGGCCGUUACUAUCGUUGCGAUGGCGAAUAAUUCCGACUUUGUACAUACACAGAAGCAUCAUGACACCGCAAGCUCCCAGUCACCUCUAGACAGCUCGAGGGACGACCCACCAUCUCCUCCCCCUCAACCACCACCAAGCCCGGCUGGUUGGAAUCGCCCUAUCUCGCUUGACUCCCUUGCGCCGCUUGAGAUCUAA